AUGGGAAUACAGUUGAAUACGGAUGAAAUAGCGAUGGUCAACGAAACUUGGCUUAAACUGAUGAAAACCCCAAAAGAGUCAGGGGUCCUACUAUUCAUAAAUUUAUUCAAGGCCUACCCAGAUUACAAAAAUCUUUUUAUCAAAUUGGAACGAAUCUCGAUGGAAGAUUUAGCCAGUUCUAGACAAAUGAAAGCUCACGGUGUCACGCACCUCCGUUUCUCGUCCAGAGCUUUCGCUACCUCCGGAUUCCCUCACCAUGUCUCCUUAGAUGGCCCUCUUGUCUAUUCACAUUUCUCGUCAGUUGACCUCACCCAGAAUUUGUGGAUAGUCUUUUUGGAUACUUGUGGUGGUGUAUUGGGGGAUUCCUUUUCGGAGGCCGAAGCCGCAGCUUGGAAAAAAAUGUUUGCGAUUAUGGAAAAAUAUAUAUUCAAAGGAUUGCAACAAGAUGACUAA